CGCUUACUUAUUCUUACAAGCCAAGAAAAUAUCCUGAGCGGCCUAACAUGGCCUCUCUAUUGAUCACGCUGCCACAUGGUCGAGAUUCGCCCCACAAGGGCUUCGUUAUCUGCUAUAUUGUCUGGACUCUGGUUUGUUGUGGCCGGGAGUCUGUUUCUUGGCCUCUUGAUCUACCACGCCUUUCCGGGCAUGUGCCAUUCAAACUGCGACUCCGAGUACUCCCCUCGCAAAAUCUGGCAAAAAAUCACCUUGCAGAUUUUCAACGCCCUCUGGUGUAUCUACCACUUCGGUCUAGCGCCCUUCCAUAUCUGCGAUAUGUAUCUCUGGUGUCAUUGGCGACUGGGCUGCUCACUAUAUGCUCGCCAGACGGCACUAGCUGGACUGAUCUACAACAAAGCGUCGUGGUUCCGUCUCAACACCCAGGACGCAAUGCGACACUUGCCUUUGUUAAACAGCGACGCAGAUGACUCGGUGGAGUGGGAGUCGAUCGGGCUAGAAGACAAUACACCGGGGCAGUCGAGUGUCAUGCGUAGCCUGGUCUUCCAGGUGGUAUAUACGAUCUACAUGUGAGGAUUCAGCCGUUUCAGUCGGUCCGCCUGAUCGGACCUUUUCUUCAUACUGAUGAUCAUAUUCGACACCAUCGCGAGGGUUAUACUCGGUUAUCAAAGCGGGCGGGUUUUCGCACGCAGCAGCGACUUCCCAACACUGAGGCGGAAAGCGCAGCCAAGCCAUGGACGUGCCAA